UGACUGCAGUUUGUCAUUUUUGUCCACGAUGUGUCGCUGUGGAAAAAAAGGAUUCAGAGUUUUGCCGCUGAGAAAGAAGAGCGCGUGUUUGAUUGGAGGAAGUUUACGCACCGACAAAGAAAGAUGGCCGAAGUGAUAGAGCUACAGAAACUCAAGCUUGCUGAGCUGAGGCAAGAGUGUGAAGCAAGAGGGCUUGAAACCAAGGGAAACAAAGGCGAGCUCAUCGCACGCCUGCAGACCUACCUUGAGGAGCAGGAAGAUGAUGUGGAUGUGGAUGACGUGCUGGCAGAUGAUACAGUGGACUUUGCUAAGAGCGAGGAGAUUGUAGACAACGGUAAAGUCCUUAAGGAUUCGGAAUCUCCUGUGGCCGAGCUGCCCGCUGAAAAGAAGAUUGUGAAAAUAACUCCUCCAGCAACUGCCGAUGAACGACUACAGAAAAGAGUUGAACGUUUCAACUUGCCUGCAUCAGCUGAAGACAAGAAGGCCCAACGUGCUGCUAGGUUUGGCUUACCCAACACUGUCUCCAGUCCAUCCACAGGCACCACUGCGACCAGCAAGGCUCCUGUAAAUGUUGAUCAGCUAAAGAAAAGGGCAGAAAGAUUUGGCAUGAACGUCUCAUCCGUCUCGCAGAAGAUGGAAGAGGAUGAAAAGCUGAAAAAAAGAAAGGAGCGGUUUGGGAUCCAGACAGCCAGUGGGACAGUUGGAUCAGCAGACACGGAGGCAAAGAAAGUAAAGCGUGCUGCACGAUUUGGAAUAGUGUAAACUGUGUGUGUAUUUUUGUUUCUUUUUCUAGUUUUCAUUUACCAAGGUUCAAAAUGUUCUAACUCUUACUAAUGGUCACCUUGGGUGUCAAAGAUGCAUUUAAUUACGAAUAGUUUGGUUCAGUUAAUGGAAAUUCAUUUUUCAUAAAGACACAUUCAAUGUCAAAUCUUGCGCUGUUUUUGAAUUGCCACAAUUUUAAACAUAAAUGCUGAAACACAAUGUUUCCAAAUCAGAUGCAAAUUAACAUUUACAUUUGUCUUUUGCUUAUCAAAUCUGUAUAUUCUGACUCUGUAUCCAAAAUUCACUUGGGAGUAUAAACACUUGAUUUGCAUAAUUUACUUUUAAGUUUAUUACUUUGAUUAUGACUGAAAAUCUCCCAAUUGUUCAUUAUAGUUUAUCAGACAAGAAAAUCAUGGCCGGAGAAGUUGAAAUUAUGUAAUAUAUUACAGACCGAGCCAGUAGAAGAACCAACUAACAAAAAGUUGUCAUUUUUGUUUCAGCUGAUCUGAGGGCAAAUGUUUUUGAAUAACCCAUUAAAAUUUAAUAACUUGAUUAUAUUUUGUUUUAUUUGUAUUAAGUUGUACUUUUGAUGGCUGUAAAUGGUUGAGUCACUGCUUCAAUUGUCCAUUUUAUAAAAGUAAGACUUUUUAAUUUUCUGA